AUGAACAGUAAAGAUAAAAAAUAUUUGAUGCCUGGUCGCUACUAUUUUGUCAUAGUCGGUCAUGAUGACUCGCCUCUCUUUGAAACGGAUUAUCUGGAGGAGCAUAGGCACAUGAACCAGUUUGUUGCUCAUGCUGCUCUUGAUAUUGUAGAUGAACUCAUGUGGAACUCAGUUAAUACAUACUUGAAAGUUGUUGACAAAUUUAACGAUUGGCUUGUUACUGCGUUUGUUACGCCUGGUCGCCUUCGCUUCCUUAUGCUGCACGAUGAAAGAAAUGAGGAUAAAAUCCGGUACUUUUUUCAGGAAGUGUAUGACUCCUAUGUUAGAGUAAGAAUACUUUCUAGCUGUCAAUUUAGCUCUCAUUGA